UAAAAGAUGAAUGAACUAAAAUCAAAGUUAACUUCUUUUAGCUGCAUGAUUGAGUUAACUCCAAAACCAUAAAGAAACAAAGAAUUCAAUGAAUGAUUUGAGUUAGUUGGCAAUACAGAGCCUGAGCUGAAGUAAAGAGGAAGGGAAAAAAUGACAGAAGCAAACAACCUGAGAGACGCCAGGAGACGAAAAAGAAUCCUCCAACAAGGAUCCGACCGUCUUGCCUUCAUCCAGGGUCGCAUCCAAACCCUCCCGCCUCCCGAUCUGCCUCACGCCACCGAGGAAGAGGAAUACCCUAAUUCCGUUUUGCAGAAUCACGUUGAUACCGAAAGAACCAUCACCCAAACACCUAUUUUCCCUGAAAAACAACAAACUGAAAGUGAGAUUUUAAGUGUCCCCAAUUCUGAAAUUGAACCUGAACAUGUACAAGAAUCACAACCUCUAUUUCAACCUCAACCGCCAACGGCACAUCAAGAUUCAUCUAAUGAAAUUUCCCUGCAACAAACACGUGCAGAAGAACCUAGAAGUUUCAAUUUCAUAAACCCUAGCGACGUGACUAAUGCUAUUGAUGCCUCGAGGUUUACGCGACUUUGUUGUUCAAUUAUAGUUGCACUAUUGGUUGUUGCAUCCUAUCUAGGAUUCUCUUUGAUUAAGACUGUUAUAAGCUUUAGACCACUUUACUUGGUUCUGCUCACAAAUUCCUCUUUUGUUGUUGCGAAACUGUUUACUGGGAAACAAAGAGGCUCUGAUGAAAGGUCGAGGAGAAAACAGAACAGCGCCAGCGACACCGCCGACUCUUCUGAUCAAUACGCUCAGCUUGCAAAAACAUUGGAAAUUGGGAUGGUGCUAAAGACUGUGGCUGAUGCUGUCUUCAUGGAUUGUGCUGUCUAUGCUAUUGUACUCAUAUGCAGUCUUUCCCUUGUGCAGCACUGACAUAAGGGCUUCUUAUACUUGGUUUGAAUUUUGAACCCUUUUCCUUUUGUUCAUUGACUUCAUUGUUUUUGUGAGUUACCCCUCAACUAGGAUUGUUAAAUAGUAUUAGUGCAGUGAUUACUUUUAUUCUGUGUCAAUUUGAUUGCUUUUUGCUUUCA